CGUUCUCCCUCUCCCUCUCUCUCUCUCUCCAACCCCCUUCUCUCAAUCUAGGGUUAGGGUUUCGAUUCUGCAGAGGUUUUAAUUUUAUUUUGUUCAACUCAUGCCGCUAAGCCUCUCUUCAUAAGCCUUGUUCUAUAUCCCCUUCGCCGUUUCUUCUUCUUCUUCUUCUUCUUCUUCUUCUUCGAAGAACUUCGUAGGCUAAAGCAUGUCGUGAUUCUCUCAAAUUUCUGGUGUUUAUUCAAACUCCAUUGACUAAAAAAUUUCUUUGAUAAGUUAAAAAGCAAUGUAUACCUCCGAAGGAGCCCCUAUUGCUGACCAGAGCAUGUAUUACCCCGUUGAUGCCACUUAUGGCUAUUACUGUACAGGUUAUGAGUCACCCGGUGAUUGGGAGAACCAUCAGAUGUUUUUUGGUGUAGAUGGUUCUGAAGUCCAAUACACGGGUGGGCAGAAUGAAAAUUCUCCCUAUAUAUGCUAUUCGCCUAGUUAUGGAUAUGCACAGUCUCCUUACAAUCCAUACAAUCCUUAUAUUCCGGGUGCUACAAUUGGUGUUGAUUCUUCUUUUGUUGGUCCUCAACAAUUUUACUCUUUUCCUCCUUACCAGAGUGUUGCAACAUCAACUACUUUUGUUCCGUAUGCAAUUCAACCUGAUAUCAUCUCGAAUAGCUCAACAAACUCUUUGGUAGAGACUGGUUCAGCUGAUUGGGGUCGAUCUGAUGGGAGAGGGUCGAGGCAUAGAAAUGGUACUUCUACUGGUGGUCUUCAAAGGAAUGCUCCAAAACUCUCCGCAGUAAAUUCGUUGGGAAAGAUUUCAGACAAGCCAAGGCCUAACUCUGGACAAAGUAAACAGCCAGAAAUGGACAAGAGUGACACUACCCCGUCAUCGGGACAAGCUCCCCAGGGAAGAUCUACUUCUGUUAGCGUUCAACCUGCUGACGUUGUUUCCAGUAGCAGAGUAUCGUCUUUUGGACAAUUAGACAGUGCUUCAAAAAAUGCAACAAAUAAUUACAAUCUUCGGCCCAAGCUGUAUGGUGGCCAUGCAAAUAUAAUUCCUGAUAGAGUUGGUGAACAAAAUCGAGGUCGAAGAUCAAGAGGAUUGGGAAAUCAACUAGUUGUUAAAGCUUAUACAACAAAAGCUGGAAAUGCUGAUGCCGAUGGGAAUAUUGUGAUCAAUCCUUCUCAGUAUAAUAAAGAAGAUCUCCGAAUCGAAUUCAGUAAUGCUAAGUUUUUUGUGAUUAAAUCGUAUAGCGAAGAUGAUGUUCACAAGAGCAUCAAAUAUAAUGUCUGGUCAUCAACUUUGCAUGGGAACAAGAAAUUGCAAAGUGCAUAUGAAGAUGCUCAGAAAAUAGCCUCCGAGAAGUCUUGUGAAUGCCCGAUAUUCUUGUUCUUUUCUGUUAAUGCUAGUGGUUUGUUCUGUGGUAUGGCUGAGAUGACUGGUCCAGUUUCUUUCGAUAAAGACAUGGAUUUUUGGCAGCAAGACAAAUGGAGUGGAAGCUUUCCUGUCAAAUGGCACAUCAUAAAAGAUGUUCCGAAUAGCUAUUUCAGGCACAUCAUACUACAGAACAAUGAGAAUAAACCAGUUACAAACAGUCGAGACACACAAGAGAUAAUGCUGAAACAAGGUCUGGAAGUGCUAAAAAUAUUUAAAGAUCAUAUGGAAAGGACUUCAUUACUAGAUGAUUUUUUGUACUACGAAGGCCGACAAAGAGUCAUGCAGGAAGAGAGAACCAGGCUGCCCUACAGAACCUUUCUUAGCCCUUUACCCUUACACAGACCAGAUCUCUCUGACAGAAACAAGAAAAACUCCUUGGAAGUCAUCAAAAAACCUUCAGUACUCUCUGCUGAGAAUGAGGAGGUUCGUGCUAAGUCAGAUGGGAAUGAGGUUACCACUGUAAAGGAAGGUAAAAAGGAAGAUAUUUCUUCCACUCAGAAGAAGAUGAGCUCUCUCACCAUUGACCCUAGUGGUACAGACUCUAACCCAACCACUGUAUCUCACCUGAACCAGAAGAGUAAAGCCAAGUCUAAGCUGACCUCCUCUGGCUCUCAUAAAAAGACAGACCCCCCGGAAGUGGUUGAUGCAUCUCUUUCUAAUGACAUCGACACUGGCAAAGAAAGAUCAGUACCCAUAAAAGUUGCCGAGUCUCCUGCAAUCGUAACAGUCGGCACCAUUCCUCUGGACACCAAGUCACUUCAGAAGUAAAACCACCCCGGGUUUGGCCUUUUAAUCUGAAUCCUUAUAUUUUAUCAUCUCUCCAAAGUCAAGUUAAUCAUGCUUCAUCGUACAAGCCAAUGUGGUAUGAAGUGAAGAGAAGGUUCUGUGUGUAUAGAUAAGUCUUUACUGGUGACUUAUAUCAUCUCUGGUUUGAUCAAAACGUCAAAAAAAAAAAAAGAGAAUCGUUGUUGAGGUCUGCUGUUUAGUUGUUGCGUUUUGGUUAUUUUGGAUAUGGCCGUAUUGUUACUUUUUGAGUAUUUUGUUUUCUUCUCUUUCUUACUGUAAAAUCUUCAAUUUGACUUUUACCUCCGCCGUCUUUGUCUGUUUGUUUGUUUGUACUUUGUUCCUCUCAACUCAAAGAGUUUCAAAUCGAAUAUUAAGUUUUUUUUUUUUU